CUUGACCGCGAGUCCGCAACACACUAGCGGGCUAGUGGCCCAAGGCGGUCGGUGAGGCACAUCAGUAGUUUCCUUUUUCUGCAAGAGCCCUUGAGCUCUGUCCUUGACUCCCAACUCCCAUCGGUGAGCUUUCGAAGUCUUUUUUCAAACUCUUGGCGCCUUUGUUUGUUGGGUUUCCUUUUGCAAUUCGAAGGCCGGAAGCGGCAGAGUUGCUCGGAGAGAACGUAAGACGACAUGGGGGACACGAGGAAGGAUCAAGGCGGCAUGGAAGAGGAGGACAAUGAAAAGGUUGAAGAGGCACAGAUCAAAACGAAGAAGCGCAGACGUAAAGAGGUUGCUAUUUACGGAAAUUACAGAAACUACUAUGGCUACCGAACCAAGGACUUGAAGGAGGAUCCUAGAUUGAUGGUGCUCAAGAAAGAAUGGUUUGAAGGCAAGGACUGCCUUGACAUCGGCUGCAAUCAGGGACUCAUAACUAUCAGUAUAGCCAAGAAGUUUUCCUGCGGAAGCAUCUGUGGAAUAGACAUUGAUGCACAUCUAAUUGAGAGUGCAUAUUGGAACCUCAGAAGGAGUGCUAAAAUGGACAAAGCUAGUUGUAAAAUUUCAAAUGAAAACAGAUCCAAGCUUUCUGAGGGAGCGAAUGGUUUAGAGCAUAGUGAUACUGCAUCUUUAAGUGGGGAAACAGUGAAUGUUCUAAGACACUCAAAUCCUUCUCAGAAACCAAAUCUUUUAGAUGUAGUCUCUUUCCGGGAAGAAGAUAUUGUUGCGAGCCGGCGUAGGUGCUCAGAGGCAUAUGAUACAAUUCUUUGUUUAAGUGUGACAAAAUGGGUUCAUCUGAACUGGGGCGAUGAUGGACUGAUUACUUUAUUUGCAAAGAUUUGGAGACUUCUUCGCCCGGGUGGUGUUCUUAUAUUGGAAGCACAAAAUUGGAAAUCAUAUAAAAGCAAUUAUCAGGUGUCUGAGAUUGCGACAUUCAACUAUCAAAAUGUUUUGUUCCCUCCAUUGCUUUUUCAGGAAAUACUUCUAGACAAGAUUGGAUUUAGGACAGUAGAGAACAUCACUGCCAGUUUACCACGCAGCACUGCAGGAUUCAAUAGGCCCAUUUUUGUGUUCUGCAAGUGAUUCAGCCAGGAAGCAAUCUUUACGCCCUCCACUCGGUAUGAUGCAUUCAUUUCUGGAAUGAGAACAAAAGAAGACCUAAAUUGUGGGAUCAGUUUUCUCUGUGAUAUGGAUUUUUGGUAAUGGUUGCUGAUCCGACAGUGAAGUCUGCCGUAAAACCAAAGGGAGAAUGGAACUUCAGAUGCUGCAAAUGAUCAUGACACUCAAACCAGUACUGAUGCCCUGAUCUUUCACCUUUGCAGCACAGUUUGAUGCCCUUGAGAAAGGUUACAUGUUAUAAACCAAACAUAACAUGAAGGUAAUAUCGGUUCCAGUGCAGCCCAAGCAUGAAGUUUACAUUUUGGUCUCAGAAAUGAAAUAGGUUGUAGCCCUAUCCGGUAUCCACUCAAAGCUUUUGAGCCUCUGGGCCUGGAUUGAGGUUUCCUUCCCCAACACAGCCCUAGUUUUAAUUUUUUUCAUGAUUGUUAACCGUUUUGUACUUUAUAAGAUAGUCUUAUAGGGUACAAGGCUUUGAUU